AUGUACAAAAUUAUAUCGUUAUGUCUGAUGCUGGGGACAGCAACCAGUAUUCACAAUACAGAUACAUGGAAUCCCUUCCAACAAGAUUUCCAAGGUUCCACAAAAUUUUUGCCAUCUCCGUCAGGUUUAGAAGGACCUUCACAUACAGGGUACCAACAGGGCGCCGUGUCAGGCAGUGACCAGUGCGAGGUAUACAAAGUAGGUUUCACGCAGGAUCUUUAUUUCCAAUACAUUCAGUACAAGACGGAAAUCCCUGAUUUGAAGCAGUUCACGUUGUGCCACUGGACAAAAUACUAUAAUCACAGCAAUGAUCAUCCAAUUUUUUCAUAUGCAGUUGAUGGCCAACCAAGAGCCAUCUACUCCUGGAUCUCGAACACUGAUCGGUCCAGCUACUUCAGUAUGUCCGUGGCAGGUCACACCUUCUACAGGCUGAACUAUCCCUUGCGUCUCAACAGAUGGUACCAUACGUGCCAAAGUUGGAACGGAAAGACUGGAGAAUGGCAAGUGUGGGUCAACGCUGAGAGAGUGGGAAGAGGGUUCCAUAACAGAUUGGUGGGUCAUGUGAUACCAGGACGUGGUAUAGCGAUCACUGGACAAGGACAGAGCCAACUCGGUGGAGGAUUUCAAGAAGGUGCUGAAGCACCAAAAGGUUCCGGCGGCAUGCUCGGCGAAGUCACCAUGCUGCAGCUCUACAGCGUCGCCCUCACAGCCGGCAAGGCCCACAAGGACCACAAGCACCACCACGCGCACCAGUUCGACCACAACGGGCGCGCCAUCACCACCCCCGCCCCCACCACCCCGCGCAACAAGUCGCCGCUGCCGCAACACCCGCUGCUGACGGGCGGCCAGAUCAACACGGCGGUGAGGGUCAAUUUGGCCGGGCCGCAGACGGUGCAAGGGCAGCAGUUCGACGCGCGGUUCUUGAACGGGCAGUUCGUGGGCAAUGUGGUGACGCAGCAGCUGUCUCUCGGCAAGAGUGGGCAGCCGCUUUUUCAACCGCAGGAUCAGUCACAGGUCCAACAGCUACAACUCCAGCCUUCAUCAGACGACACAUCCUUCUCAACCCAGUUCAUCACCUUGGGGGACACCCAAAUCAUAAACAAGGACUUCAGCCAUUCUGCGCACAGCUCAGAUCCCUUCCUCUCCACUCACAGCCUCUUCAAACGACAAAACGACGAAGCUCCAACCGAGGCCGAAACUUCGGAUGAUCCCAAGAAGGAAAAACGCCAGAUAUCUGUAGUCGGAGGACACUUCAUAGACACAUCUCUACUAUCUUCGACUUCCGAUGCCUUCGAUCAAAGUCUGCUGUAUGGCUUGGCAGGUAUCGGCCAGAACGAAGCUGUUUCCGAGCAACAGAAGCAGUCGGAAGACGAGAGGGAGCCGGCGGAGGCUGAGGUCAAAGCUGUGCUGAAUAUUUGCACAGGGUGUGACGAGGAACCCUUUGAUAAGGCUCUGGUGAUCGGUUGGAGGACAGUGCCGAAGAAGUUGUAUUCGGGAGCGUUCUACACACCUGCUAUUCCACAAUGUAAGGUGUUUUGA